GAAUAGAAAAAUUUAACCUAAUAAAGUUGAAAUUAUUAUCAUUUCUCUGUAUAUAUUAAUAAAAUGUAUUAUUGCAGAAUACUUAUUCGCCUUGUGAAAACGUAGCGAAAUUUUAGUCGUUUAAUAUUAUACCAUUUCUUUUUUUCAACGGCAAAAUUAUAUCGUACGUUAAAGAUCCUCUUGACGGUACACGAUGUACACGUUUUCGAAAAUGUCGCAAAAGCCGUUAAUUGUUGCGAUUAGAAAGAGUUUUACUUGCACGAAAUACUUUAAUAUCUGGCAGAGAUGUAACUUUUCUUCUCAAAGAAUACCUAUUCAGUUGAGUGAAAAUCAGAAGAAAUCUGUUACAUCAUUUCCACCACUGACAGAAUCUAUCCCUAAUCUACCAAAACCCAUAUAUUCCACUGCAAAAGAGGAGCAUCAAGUGACAAAGAUUACAGUUUUACCAAAUGGUUUAAAAGUUGCAUCGGAAAAUAGAUUCGGACAAUUUUGUACUAUAGGUGUCCUUAUCGACUCGGGUCCACGAUACGAAGCGGCAUAUCCAAGUGGUAUUUCACACUUUCUUGAAAAAUUAGCAUUUGGAUCUACAAAUACAUAUGAUAGCAAGGAUAAAAUAAUGCUAGCAUUAGAAAAACAUGGUGGUAUUUGUGACUGUCAGGCAUCGCGCGAUACAUUUGUUUAUGCAGCGUCGGCGGAACGUCGUGGAUUGGAUAUAAUUACUCAAGUUCUCGGUGAUAUUGUCUUGAGACCUAAAAUUACAGAGGAAGAGGUGCAAAUUGCCAAACAAACUGUACAAUUUGAAUUGGAGUCUUUACAUACUAGGCCUGAACAAGAGCCCAUAUUAAUGGACAUGAUUCAUGCUGCUGCGUACAGAAACAACACGUUAGGUUUGCCCAAGAUCUGUCCACAAGAGAACAUUGAAAAGAUAGAUAGAAAAACUUUACACAUCUAUCUCAAACAUCAUUAUGUACCUAGUAGAAUGGUAGUCGCUGGAGUUGGUGUUGAGCAUGAUGAUUUGGUCCAUGCUGUUAACAAGUACUUUGUAGAUCAAAAACCUAUCUGGGAGGAACAAGCUGACCUUAUUUUGCCAAAUAAUAGAAAUACCGUUGAUAAAUCUAUCGCACAAUAUAGUGCAGGAUGUGUUAUGGAGGAGUGCAAUGUGCCAAUUUACGCUGGACCUAGUGGUUUGCCUGAAUUGUCACAUGUUGUUAUAGGUUUGGAAGGCUGUUCCCAUCAAGAUCCAGAUUUUGUCGCUAUGUGCGUAUUAAAUAUGAUGAUGGGAGGCGGUGGUAGUUUUAGCGCUGGUGGUCCUGGAAAAGGCAUGUACACACGCUUGUACACCAAUGUAUUGAAUAGGUAUCAUUGGUUGUACAGUGCAACUGCGUACAAUCAUGCUUAUGCAGAUACUGGUUUAUUUUGUAUUCAUGCUUCAUGCACACCAUCUUAUGUAAAGGAUAUGGUAGAAGUAAUUAUACAUGAAAUGGUCACCAUGACAAGCGGAGUCUCGGAUAAUGAAUUAGCGAGAGCAAAGAAGCAAUUGCAGUCGAUGUUACUUAUGAAUUUGGAACAACGACCCGUUGUAUUUGAAGAUAUUGGAAGACAAGUUUUGGCAACUGGUUCUAGAAAAAGACCAGAAUAUUUCAUGCAAGCUAUCGAUGGAAUAUCUAAGGAUGAUAUUGAUAGAGUAGCACGACGUUUAUUAAAAUCGCCACCUUGCGUAGCAGCACGCGGCGAGGUAAAGACUGUACCUUCAAUCACGGACAUUCAAAACGGCUUGCUCGAUUCGCAAGCACAAGAGAAAAUAAAAAAAUGAUUAACCAGAAGUUUAAUGCAAGAUAUACAAGAUUAAUUUAAUUCUCACUUCAGACUAUGAGUAUCUUUGUUACAUUUGACACAAUGGAUUUUUAUCACAGAAACAAAUAUGUAAGAGCGAUUCAAGUAACUUUGUUACUUUGUAUUAUUAACAAAAUUAAAUUUUAUGUAAAAAUUUUCAUUAUAAAGUCAACAUGUGUAUCUCCUGAUAAUUUAAAAUAAAAUAAAAUAUAGUAUGUAAAUAUACAAUUUUACAAUUUAUAAACUCAUAUAUGUAUUGGAUUUUCUUUAUUCAUUUUUUAUUCUUGAUUCAUGUACACACAAAUUUGUGCAUACAUUAUAAAUACGAUUCUGAUAGAAGUUACGCCUCUGCUUCUUCCAAGGUCUUGAGGAACGAAGCUUUCUUCUGGGCCACACGAUUCUUCCUCUCGGACAAAGAUAAUUUUGCGCGAUUCCAU